AUGCCAUCAGUCCCAGCACAAUGCACAUCACCGCUUGCUGAUCGCGUCACCGUUCGUGCGCAAUGCAGGCCAUUGCCUGACGAACGUCCCAGGGCGAGUCAGACGAAACGCCACGUUACGUCGCAGACCAAGCAGAGGGAGAAACGGGAAUGGCCUCCGAAGCCAAGGCCUUCGUCGACCUCUAGCCCAAGCAUAGCAGAUCAGCUUUCGAGGUUCUCCGACGGUGGAUUGGCCAAGUCCCCACCUACCGCUACUGUGGCUGCAGCCGACACCGCGCCCUCGUCACCGAAAACCGCGGUGCCCGUUCUAAAGCCUCUACCGACGCGUCAAUCGAGCACGGGUACAACUACCACCGGUAGGCCCAGCACGGCUGGCGGUACCACCCGCACACCGGCACGUUCGUCCACACAGUCCCCUCCAACUGCUUACCAUCCUUCUCCGUCUACGUCUGCGUCGACCCCUGCGAAGGCCCCACGUCCGUCGUCUCGCGCCUCUCAUACGACGCCCGCUAAGCCGCGCCCAUCGUCUCGCGCCUCUCAUACGACGCCUGCGCCUCUGAAGACACCCUCUCGACCCAAGACACCGUCUAUGCGUCCAAAGACCCCUUCGCAGACCACUGUUGCUACUCCGGCAUCGGCUAGACCGAAGACGCCGUCUUCGGGGCUAUUCGCUCCCACCGCCGCGUCACUCGCGAGGGCACGCAAUACCCAGCCGGUCCCCACUCCGGCUAAGAAGUCGACAGCAAACACGGGAGUCAUGGAGAGGCUGAGCAAGCCUACCGCAGCCAGUUUGAGCAAGGCGAGGAUUCCGACACCCGCGGCAACCACAACGAGGGGAAGCCCUGCCUCCAGAGCUGCAACUGAACCAGCAACUGAGCCCGAAGAUGAACACGCAGAGAUCCCUGUCGAUUUCCCUGAGUACGAUCAUCAGCCCGAGCACGAACAGGAGGAACAGGAGACGCUCUCGAGUCCCGUCCAGGCACAUGAACACGAUGGCUCGGAAAGCACGCUCAUCGACGAACCGCAGCAUGCGUCAGCGGCGCUCACCGAUGACCCAGACGUGCAUGCUGCGGCAGACGAGACCGUCGAAGUCAUCCUAAACUCGAAGGAAGAGGAGUUGGCGGAGUAUGGGAUUCAGGAUACAAGUGCCGAGGAGGCGUUGGAGGAGGCUGUUCCGAAGCCGGACGAAACGGUGGUUCACGAAGAAGGUGUGCCAGAGCUUCCCGCUGCCGCAGACGCAGAGCAUCACGAGGAGGCCGUCCAGGCGGAGGACCACAUCGACGCUCAGUUGGAUGAACCCACUCCUUCCGAGGCGGAACGAGCGGGCUCCACCACACCAGAGGGUCACGACGCGAAUGCUCAUGUAAAUGGAAAGUCGACGCCUACUCCCGGUGGUGGCUCAGAACUCGAGGACAUCCUCAAUAUGCUCGAGGCCAAGCCCCGGCCCAUGAGCAUUGCUACGAUCCCGGACGAAUUCGAUUUAGCGGACGACGAAUGA